AACCUGGUUUUGCUGUUUCUAACAGCAGUCAUGGAGGUUGUUCUGGUCUGUUUCCUGCUUUCCACUCUGCAGCGACUGCCUUAUGAGCUUGAAAUUGCCAUGCUUGAACUACUUUCAACAAUUUGUAUAUAUGGAGCUCUGGCGUCACUGGUGAACUGUAUCUUCUCACAAAGACUGCUACCUAUGGGCCCUCCCUUAAGAAAGGAGAAAGUGAAGCAGGAAUCUGCUCCGGAGGUUCCCUGUCCUGUGGCUAAUUCCCGACUCACCAGUGGUCUCCUGAAGAUCGCUGGCCUACUGAAAGAAGGAGGAGUGUGUGGUAUUCCCACAGACACUGUGUAUGCCCUGGCUGCCUCCUGCAAGAAUCCUCAAGCUAUAGAGAAAAUAUACAAUAUUAAAGACAGACCAGCAGAGAAGCCCAUCUGCAUUUGCAUCUCUAACGUGGAGCAGCUGGUGGCAGCCAAGCCUCCCUUCAGCCCUCUGCUCUAGGAGUUUAUGAGGAAUGUGUAUCCAGGCGGCAUCUGCUGCAUCGUCAGCAAAGGAGACUGGCUGUUCAAACUAGGUAAACUGUUCAGUUUAAAUGUUACUGGGUUCAGUUUUCAACUUUUUCCAGAUUAUUAAUAUUAAUUAUCAGUAUUCAGCGCAGUUUUAAUUUAUACUGUGUAGGAG